AUAUUGCAAAGGCCUAAACCGUGUAAGCAUAAAUUCAUCUUCCUUCCCCUCUCUCUUUGAACCCCCUUGUUUAAUUAGAACCUUGGUUUCCCCAUGGAAAUGCUAAUUGCAAGCUCAUCAAGCUUAAUUAUACUUCAAUUAGAAUCAAACAAUCUCUUCUUAGAUAUAAGUCGAAUCGUUUGAACUGAAAUCAACCGCCUUCUUCAAAUUUUGAUUACGAAAUCAUCUUCUGAACUCUGAACUAAAAUCAAUCAGUUCAGUAUUUCAUCGUAUUACAGCUUUGGUUGAAAUGAAAUCGAAUUUGAUUUUCUGAGUUGCAGACUUGCUUGCAGAGCUUCAUUUCGCCGAAAUCAUCAUUGAUCUUUGUUUGAACUGAAAUCGACCUCGAAAUCGACGGAUUUCUUCAAAUUUGAUUAUGAAAUCAUCAUCUGAACUGAAAAUCAAUUUCUUUAUUAUUACAGCUGCUGUUGAAAAUGUUGAUUUCUGAGUUUCAGCUUCGUUUGCGCCGAAAUCGCCAUUGAUGUGCUGAUGUGCAACCAUUGGAUCAUCCUGUUCUUCAGUUCUUCUGAUCGAAGUUAGGAUAUGUGAUUGUCAAUCCUAGACAAAGGGUGUAUUUUAUUGUAGGAAAUUGAUUGAUAGACUUCAGCCUUCCGUUUCGGGUAAAGAAGACUUUGACGCAGCAUAUUCUUAAUUCGUGCUCGCAGCUGUCAGCAUUCAAGGUGAUGUACUCUUGUUUAGUACUCCUAAAACAAAGCCAUAUAAUAAACACUUUUUGUUAAGUUGCAAAACUCACAAUAAUGUUGGGAAAAGUACUGCUAAAUGUUAUUGUUGCUCUACUAUGGCCAAUACUAGCUUUAUUCGCCGUUCAACAAGUAUUUGGGGGAUCAGCAGCUGUUUCGCAGAUAGCCCUUCCGAAUUGCCCUGAAAAAUGUGGCAACAUUACGGUCCCUUACCCAUUCGGUAUUGGGGAUGAAUGUCACUAUGGCACCCCUUUUGAUGAUGGUAGAUACUUCAACCUUAGUUGUAACAAUAGUGUCGAUCCCCCAAUCCUAGCUUUAGGGAACAAGGUAGAAAUAGUUAACAUAACUUUGAAGGGUGAACUCUUGGUAUAUUACCCCAUUUCAUACCGUUGUUAUCAGUCUAAUACGACUGUCCCUUCUGCUGAGUAUGAAGCCUUCAUACGUACAAGAAAGUUCCCUCUUUCAACAACCCGAAAUAUUAUUGGUGCCAUUGGUUGUGAUACUUUUGUUACACUGAAUGGUACAAUGAACAACAAGAGACAGUUUCGUUCUGGGUGCAUGACGGUGUGCGCUGCAUCAGAAGAUGUUGAUACUAGAACGUGUUCUGGCAUCGGGUGUUGCCUGGUUUCUAUCCCAGAUGGAGUAACAAAUGCCGAUUUAAUAUUUAGAAGUCUCGAUGAUCAGAAGUUAGUGAAGGAUUUCAACCCGUGUAGUGUUGCGUUUGUGUUGUCAAAGGAUCAUGCUGCAGACGAUGUACUUCCGUACUCUAUUAAACAGAUUCUAACCCAAGAUGAAACGUAUUACCGGAAUUUGAGGUUUCCGGUUGUCUUUUAUUGGCCAGUUGGAAACGUAACUUGUGAAACAGCGCGAAAAACUGGGGAGUACCUGUGCAAGGGAAACAGCACGUGUGAUGACAAGCUUUACCAGGAAGGUUACCGCUGCCAAUGCAACCCAGGGUUCGAGGGUAACCCUUACCUUCAUGAUUGUCAAGAUAUUGAUGAAUGUGCGGAUGGAAACCAGAAUUCGUGUAAGAAACCAGCACUCUGCGUCAACACUCGUGGAAGUCAUAAUUGCAAAUGUCCAAAAGGCUACAGCGGGAAAGGCACACUGAGUGAUCCUUGUAUUCCUGAUCUGAAUGCUGCUCAACGAGGUGGCUACAAGUUGCUAGUAGGAUUGAGUGUAACAUUGGGAUCAAUACUUUUGUUUCUCAUUGGAUGGUGGAUAUACUCAUUGAUCAAGAAAAGAAAGAUUGUCAAACAAAGAGCUAAAUACUUUGACAGAAACGGCGGUCUGUUACUGCAGCAACAAAUGUCUUCUGACGACAGCGUUGUAGAAAGAACUAAACUCUUCACCAUUGGUGAGUUAGAGAAAGCCACCGACCAUUUCAACGAAAACAGAAUACUCGGAAGAGGAGGCCACGGUACAGUCUACAAAGGAAUGCUCGGUGAAGGAAGAAUUGUUGCUGUAAAGAAGUCGAAAAUAGAGAAAGAAAGUCAUAUUGGGGUGUUCAUCAACGAAGUGGUAAUCAUGUCACAAAUUAAUCACAGGAAUAUUGUCAAGUUACUAGGAUGUUGUUUGGAGACGGAAGUCCCGUUGUUGGUUUACGAGUUUAUCCCAAACGGAACUCUUCACCACCAUAUUCAUAACCCGUCUGAAGAGUUCACAAUCACUUGGAAAAUGCGGUUACAGAUUGCUUCUGAUUCAGCUGCAGCACUUUCUUACUUACAUUCAUCUUCUUCUAUUCCUAUUUUUCAUAGAGACAUCAAAUCAUCUAACAUACUUCUUGAUGAUAAGUACAGGGCUAAAUUAUCAGAUUUCGGGACAUCAAAAUCAGUGGCUACUGAUCAAACCCAUGUAACAACCGAAGUCAUGGGUACAUUCGGGUAUUUGGAUCCAGGUUACUUCCAAUCUAGUCAGUUUACAGAAAAGAGUGAUGUUUACAGUUUCGGUGUAGUCCUCGUUGAGCUAUUAACGGGGCAGAAGGCAAUACGUGCUUUAUCCGAAGAGGAUAGGAGUUUGACAUCAUGGUUUCUUUCCCAUAUGGAAGACUCUCGUCUAUUCGAUAUCAUAGAUUCUCAGAUUGUGAAGAAGGAUUUGAAGGAAGAGUUUCUCACUAUUGCGAAUCUUGCAAAACGAUGUUUGAAUUUGGAUGGAAAGAAACGGCCGACUAUGAAAGAAGUUUUGCUAGAGAUUGAAACAGUAUUGUCACUUCAUGUGUCUGAUGAAACAACCACCAAAGGUUUGUAUUAUGGUGAUGUUUCGAGUUUUAGCACUUCUUAUUUGGAAAGUGUAUCUUCAAGUUCUGCUGAAGUGUCUCUGUUGUUCAGUCAUUAGCAUUUGGUAUGCUCUAUGUUGUUAAGGAGUACGUACUAUAUAAUUUUUAGGACUGUAUGUAGAAAAAGUCGCGUUUUUGGUGGACUCUUUUUUGGGUCGUUAUCUAUUUACACACAUGUAUAGUUGGACUUUUUAAAGAUGAACGACCAUUUUUUAAAGAUGAACGACCAUGAUUACGGUUGUUA